GCUGAAGGGAUGUGCUUUGAGUAUGUACUCGCUCUUUAUUUCUUAUUUCUUUUCCUGCCACACCCUGAGCAAAGCCACCACUGUGUUUGGUGCUGAAUCAGAUACCGAAGCUCCUCCUAGGCAAGGCACCGUGCUUAGCACCUGGACUUGUUUGUCUGCUGCUCAGGAUGUUACUCAACUCUCUUCCUCUGUGGGUGAGGAGGGAAAUGACACAGAAUUUUUGUGAAGAUAACUGAAGCGCUGGAGUUCUCUCUCCAAGAGAGUCACCUCCAUGGCUGGUGGGUUCAUCACCAGCCUGCUGGCUCUCAGGAUGCUCUCAGCAUUUCUGGUGUUUUCUGCUGCAUCUGUGCCCAGAUGUGUCCUUAGGAUGGUGGAUUUGGAGGAACUGAGCAGGUUGUGGUGGUGGAGUGGACCCAAUGCUGGCAGCAAGUACCACUGGUUGGGGUAUCCCCAGCCCACAUGGUGAUGCUGACCAGUAACACCGUGAACAUCCACAGCAAGUGCCAAGAGAAGCCCUCCUGGGCUCUCUCAGACAAAAUGCAUUUCUAGUAAAUGGUUUUGUACUCAAAUGAAUAAAUAUUUUCCACUAGGAAGUCGUUACAUCAGACUUUCCAACUGGCCAAGUUACUCUGACACGUGCUGCUUUUUGUACUUUGGGCUGAGUAGUGCUGAGCCUUGAUCUGGAAAGAUAAUGUUUCUAUUAUCAGCAGUACAUUGAAUGCUUGGUUACUUUAUUAGCCAAAAAAAAAAAAACCCAAAAAAACAAAGUAUAGCAACCGGUAACAAUGAGUAAACAAAUUCAUGUGAUGAUUUUCGGUCUAGGAGGUGGCACUAAUCCAUCUGCUCUUCUUGGAGUGGCGAAAGAAGCAGAAACAGCUCCAGUAAAAGCAUCUCAUUUCCUCCUCAUUCAGUAAUCUCUAAGUCCUGGUAAAGCCAAGGAGGCUUAGCAGAGGUUUAGAGAAACUGGUCUCUUCAAACCACUUUUGAAUUUCCUUUGGACAGUCUAGCACUGGUUCUGGAUUAUUAUGUAGUUAUAUUGACCUGAGAUGUUCAGAAUUGCUGCACAGAUAUUUUAACUAGAAAACUUUUCUAAUAUUAAUUUUCAGCUAACAUUUAAAUCUUUUUGUAAACUCUUUCCUGGAGUGUGAAGAGAGGAAAUCUAUUAAAAUGUGGAGCAAAAAAUGCAUAAAAUAAAACAAUGAAAAAAAUUAAAUGCAGAGAUUUCUUACCAGACUUAUAUCAUGCACCAAUAUACAGACGUUAGGAAAUAGUGUUGAUACGCUGGAAGGACAUUUCAACUCAAGUACUUAGGACUGCAAGGUCUCACUUGAGCUGAGUGCAGCAAUUUCACCCAUCAAGGGAUUUGAGGAGUCCAUCAUAGCACCUGUUACCUCGCUACCUCAAAAACCCACAGCCGACAGCAGAUGUAAUGCUGGUUGAGUAUUUUUGCUCUUAAUGAUGUUGAGGGCAGAGGAAUGUCUGCAACUCUUCUCACUAAGACGGCUGGUGUUCCCAGGUGGAUCCGGUACCAUGGCACUCCUGCUGUUGCUGCUGACUUUGCUCCUACCAAAUGCAGCAUGCCUGUGGUGGGACAGGUGGUACAGGUGGGCUCUGGUCUCCGAACCUGCAGAAAGCAUGUGUACAAGCUUUCUGGAGUUAUCCUCAGCCAGCCUAGUGAAAAAACAUUUUCAUCGGUCCUUCACAAAACAAUGUGCAUUUGCGGUAAUAAUUUUAGAUAUAAUUAACAGAGCCUAUGCUCAAACUUCUUGCAUAAUCAAAGAAAUUACAAUUUUGACACCACGACACCCUUGGUAUUUCCCUUUUGCUGAAAGCAGACAUCUUAGCUGCAAACUGUGAUAUCAGAUACAAUCACAUAAAACAAAUGCCUUUGUCUUCUCUCCGCUUUGCCUCAUGGUGCUGAGGAGCAGCACAGUGGGGCAGGUUCUCCUACCGGCUUAUGCUCCGCUCUGGGCCACAACAGAGGUGGCUGGUGAAGAAAGCAAGCCAGGGGCCCCACAAAAUGCAGAACAGGGGCUUGCUCGAUGCAAGCCACAAAGAAUUUCCCCAUCUAGUUCCUGCUGUAACUUAAAAGUUUUCUCCUAAAACUGUAGGUGCUGGCUCUGCUGCAUUUCACAGCAGCGUCGCUUACAAGAGCAGCUCUGGGAGCUCUGCAAAGGAAAGUGAGGAUGGUGUGUAGGAACAGAUUAAAAGCGUCUGGACUUUUUUUUUCCCCCGUUCAGAUGGGAAGUGGGAACAGUGAGAAGUAAGGGAGCAGCUGCAGGAUCACAGCACAGAAACUGCUGCAGAUUUGUAUGGAGGAAGAUUGAGAGAGGGUAGGAGGGACUGUUUCAUAUGCACAGCACAGGGAACCAAACAUUAUCCCAGGGAACUGGGAAGGAGGGGGUCUUGCUGUCCAAAUAAGGGACAAGCCUCUUGUAGACACUACUGAGGCAAGUAGUGGCAGAAAGAAAUAGUUUUAUUAUAGGCUUACUUUAUCUUUUGAUUUGUUUUCAAAGUCUGAGAAGUUUUAAAGCCUUUCCUAUUCAAUAAUCUCAGCAUCUCAUUCUGACAGACAUGUCUUCUGUAGGAUGAUGCAUACAUGGAACUGCAAAAUGGAUUAAGACUUGGGAAAUGUGCAUUUAAAGUACUAAAUUGAGGGAAUAUGAGAUACUCUUCAGAAGUUACAACUGCCACUGCUUCACCAAAAGCUUAAGAGAGCUCUAGAAGGCAUUUUUUCUAGUGAAGGGGAUGCUGCUGUUGCAGGAACUAAGGACCAGGAGGCAAACCAAGGCAUGACUUAAAACUGCUUCAAGUGUUCAGUAGUGCAUAACUGAUUUAGAGGUAGAGUGCAAUAAAACUAGUGUAUAGUCUUACUCAUUGAUGAAUGUGAGGUGUUUCCUCCAUCGUGGAUCAGUCAGUGGAGCACCUGCAUGUACAUGAAUGUGCUGAAGGUCACCAAUGUGCUCUGACAUCCUACCCGAGCUGGCCCUGUGAUAGCUUGUUUUUACAGAUGCUGUCAAAUUGAAACCAAAAUUUCUGUUGGUAAAGCUCUCAAAUUUAGAGCUUAUAGGGAGUUUGCUUCUUUGUCUAUUUGCACCAAGCUUUCAGGCGUUUAAAAAUAUUUUUCUAAUACAUCAGCUUGUCUUGUGGUAGUAACUCUUCCACUUCUCCAGAGAGUUUGGGCUGUUCCAAAAUUACCAUCACCACAUGUCUAGUUCAGGUAAGCAUGUAAAUUUUGGAUGAAUAUCUGAAUCUCUGUGAGAAGUUCUGCAAAACUGAGCUGGAAGUAUUUCAAGCAGUCUUACUUUGAAGCUUCUGUCACUUCUGCUUGUAUCUGUAAAUACUGCAAGAAUAACCUUUCCCAUAGUAUCUCAUCACUUUAGAUCUGGCAACAUUAAAAGUAACAACACUUUUCUGAACAUUUAGGCUAUAGGAACAGAUUUCUUUCAAGCACCAGAGAAAAUUUGUGAUUCUUAUGUGAUCUUCCUAGAGAAAACAUUGGAUUCUUUUUAUACAGAAUUAGACAGCUUUAAACUAAAAAGCUAAUAUGUGACAGGUAUCAUAUGCAGCAUUCCUGCUCCAGCAGGGGGAUUGGACUAGAUGAUCUUUUGAGGUCCCUUCCAAUCCCAAACAUACUGUGAUACUGUGAAUUUACAGGUGGUCAGUCUUACCUGUGGUGGCUGGAAAGACAUGAAUCUGAAUGUACUUACUUACAGUAUGUAAAUGUAUAGCAGAAAAGAAGGAGGUGGAAGGAAAUUAUCUUUUCUUCACCUGAGUAGGUGAGGGUAGGACAGGAAUAACAAAGCCCCUAUAGAACUCCUUGGGUUUUAUUUGGUGUUAAAUCAAUCAAAUUGUUAUGAACUUAUUUGAUGCUGGGAACUACUUGCUGUCAUUGGUCUAAUGACUAAACCAUACUCAUUCUGCUACUCAGUGUUGUAGGAUGCAUUAGAAGUGUUACAUAUUGGAUGAUAUUCACCGUUUGUUUUGUUUUUUUCUAAUACUGUGUAUAUAUAUAUAUAUAUAUAUAUUUAUAUAUAUGACCAAUAUUCAUCAUUUGAAAGAUUGUAGUCUAGCUUGCACACAUGGAAAAUGGAGGCAGGUGUCGCAGAUCAGAUGCACUUCAGAAAGAAAAGGAAUGUGCUGCCAGCAGGAAGACCUAGAGGUAGCAAUUUUCCCAGACAUGUUCUUUUAUAUAUUCAACUGAAUUUCUACUAUGGACAACUGUUCCUAGAAUACAUGCAGGCCAAACGGUACACAAAGGAUACUUUUAGCUUCAAGGUCUACUUGAAACUGAGAUAUUAAAUUGGCAUAGGAGGUGAAAAUAGAUUCCAUUAUGCCAUUCCAUAUGAUAUAUUGGGACAGACACACUUUUGACACAACUGUUACCUCUGCUGAGACCUUCAUUUGUAAUAUAUCUGAGAAACUUAAGUGAUGCAAAAAGAGACAUGACCAUAUGCAGUCACUUGUUGAUUGGAAGAAGCUCUUUUACCUGGAUGAAUGUGUUUUUAUUUCCAGAAAUAUCCUAGGGGUAUUUCCUAGCAAGCUUUUAUUUGUGCAGAGAAGUCCUGUAGAUAACAGAUAAUGGAGGAUUAUAGGAUUAGAGUUCGAUCUGUGGUCAUUAAGUAUGGAUGUGAAGAGUUCAUAAUUGUAUAUGUCUAACUUUGGAAUAGUAACUGCCUUCCAUUCUCCCCUCUUUCUAAUUUUCACACCAUUUCUAUCCAGAUAGGAAAGCAUUUCCAGAGACAGCAUAUCUCAGCUCUAUAGGGUACCAGUAGCUUUUCCAGAUCCCUGUUUUUCUUUGCCAUCUGAUCCUACUUUUUUUAAAGGUUUUUGUGUUGCAGGGAACAGAACCUGGGGCUGUUCUACAAAAUUUCAGAAUGAUACAAAGGAGAACCUUAGCUCAUGGAUAACCACUGCACAGCUCUUCAAAGCUUCUGUCUUCAUGUCUCUCUUUAUCCAAUCCUUGAGACAAAUCGAGCAAUAGUUUGUAAAGGUUAAUACUAUUUCCACUGAAACUGUAUAUUUAGUUAAGAUGUUUUUCUGCCAUCUGCUAGAAAGUGGGACCCUAUCAUCCUUCUAUUCUUUUAUUUUAUCUUGUAAAUUUUUAAUUGUGUUAAGUGCUAUUACUAGUUGAAAAAAUAGAAAAGAAUACCCUACAGUCAAUCUUCGUAGCAAUAAGCUAUGAAGCGUAUUUUUAACACUGCAGUAGAUGCACAGGAAAUCACCCAAGUAUCAAACUGUAGUAGUCAGUCAGAUAUCGUGUGGUGUAGACUCUGCACCCAUGUGAGUCUGUGGCGUACUGUAAGUGGAGAAUCACAUUCCUAAUACUUGUGGUGACUAUAGGGAAUGAGAAAUAAAGUACUGAAUUUUAACAAUUUAAUUCUUAGGAACUCGGUCAUCAAAACAACCUUAGACUAUGUUCUUAGACCCCAACUAAAACAACACAGUAACUGCUGUACCAUGGUGCAAGUCCAUGUGUCCUUCCCUCUUGCAGCCUGUUAUAAAGUAUAUUUCCAUACCUGACUCCAUCAUGCAGGAAAUGCUUUGGCUUCCUUCCCUGGGUGUGCUUACUGUUACUUUUGCGUGCUUGUAACCCCAUUAACUUCAGUGGGUUCACUGUGAACCUGAGAUCAGGAUCAGGCCUUUAGGACCUGUCUGUACCACAUGUCCUGUACUGCACAAACUAGGAAGAGAUGAUUUUAAAUCAUAACACACUUUGUUCCUAUGGGACAUUAAGCUGUGAGACUUCAAUCAUGAGAAUUAUGUAAUUAUUAACCAAGAAUUUUUGUAAAAUAUAACCGUGUCUUGAUAGAAUAAGCCAAAAAGGUUGAAAUGGCCAUCAUAUCAAGGAUCAAGUUAAAAUCUCAAAGAUAAAACAUUCUGUAGCCUAAGAACUGUUUAAUAACAAUGCUUGAAAAUGCUUGUAUUGCACUGCUGCCUUGGAAAUCUGCUGUGAUUCAGGCCAAAUGGUGUCAGGAAAUUCACCUUUAAGUGCAUCCUUCACAACGACUGGGUUAUAUAUUUCAGAGCAUAAAUAAAAUUAUGAAUAAUAUGCUGAGCAGUGUAUUCCCUCUGUGGUAACAGAGAAAUACUGGGCAGUGAGAUAAUUCUACAAAGAAAACAGAGAAGACUAUUUAGUCUUCUCUUUGACCACAGGAGAGGCAUGGGUAACUGUACAUGUAAAUUAAAGUUGCCUGAAGAACUCUGUGGGCCGUUUCUGCUUUUAUUUGCAGACAGUUCAAAUACUGGGCUAGAAAAGAGUGACUACAAAGCCAGCAAUUAGACCGGUGAGGUCAACCCAGUAACCAUGGAAAGGUCUACAACUCCUGAUACGGCCUCUGAAAAGCCUAAUCCUUCCCACCACGGUACAGGGGCUGUUCAAAUGAGGAUCAAAAAUGCCAACAGUCACCAUGAUAGACUGAGCCAAAGCAAAUCUAUGAUUCUGUCCGAGAACGUGAAAGUCACUGAGCCUGUAAAUCGUCAUAGAAGAAAUCAUUCCCAACAUAACUUAACACUUGCAGACAUCAUUAGUACACAGGACCACACGGUAGUGGAGAAAGAAGGCUAUCUUCUAAAAGCUAAAAUAGCAGAUGGUGGCAAGAAAUUAAGGAAAAACUGGUCCACGUCCUGGAUUGUUCUCACUGCUCGGAAAAUGGAAUUCUACAAAGAAUCCAAGCAGCCGGCACUGGCCAACCUGAAACCAGGAUAUAAACCUGAGUGUGUGGAUUUGUGUGGUGCUCGUAUUGAGUGGACCUCAGAGAAAUCCAGCAGAAAGAAUGUCUUUCAGAUCACGACAGUGUCAGGAAAUGAGUUCCUCCUCCAGUCAGAUAUCGACUUUCUCAUAUUGGAUUGGUUCCACGCUAUCAAAAAUGCAAUUGACAGAUUGCCCAAAGAACGGAGUUGUACGUCAAGGAAUUUGGAGUUCAAACUCAGAAGAUCCUCCAGCAUCGAAUUACUGAAUAGCUUAGACACUGAAUCCAAAGAACCAAAGCCUGAACACAGAAAAUCUUUAAUUUUCAGACUGAACUACAGUGCCUCUGACACAAAUGACAGAAGCCGAGUUAAAAGCAGAUUAAAGAAGUUCAUCUCCCGAAGACCUUCCUUGAAAACAUUGCAAGAAAAGGGAAUUAUUAAAGAUCAAAUUUUUGGCUCCCAUUUGCACUUGGUUUGUGAGCAUGAGAAAUCUACGGUCCCCCAGUUUGUAAGACUGUGUAUAAAAGCUGUUGAAAAAAGAGGUCUAGAUGUUGAUGGAAUAUACAGAGUUAGCGGCAAUCUGGCAACAAUACAGAAGUUACGAUUUGUUGUCAAUCAGGAAGAGAAGCUGAAUUUGGAUGACAGCCAGUGGGAGGACAUCCACGUUGUCACCGGAGCACUCAAGAUGUUUUUCAGAGAGCUGCCUGAGCCGCUGUUCCCAUACUGCUUCUUUGAACAGUUUGUGGAGGCGAUAAAAAUCCAGGACAACACCACUCGCAUCAAAUCCAUAAGGAGCCUGGUAAAAAAGCUUCCGAAACCAAACUAUGACACAAUGAAAAUCCUCUUUGAACACCUAAAGAAGAUAGCAGCCAAGGAAUCCGUGAAUCUUAUGUCAACACAAAGCUUAGGAAUUGUGUUUGGACCAACACUCCUUAGACCUGAAAAGGAGACAGGGAACAUGGCAGUCCACAUGCUGUACCAAAAUCAGAUAGUUGAACUUAUGUUGAGUGAGUACAGCAAGAUCUUCGGCUCUGAGGAAGACUGACAGACAGGGCCUGUUAUUGAAAACGUUCACAUCUGUCUUGGUGUCUAAUAUUUUUACAUUUCUGUAAACAUAUUUCUGAAAUAUUUCUUUUUCUUUCAAGUGACAGAUGCCUCAUUUUGUGAAAACUUAAUGAUGAUUUUCUGUUUAAUUUUCAAACAUUGGAAUAAAAAAUAUUGUCAACAUUUGCCUAUAUGUAUUCUGCAUUAACCCUUUGAGAGUUUCAUUAUGCUAGCACUCCAAGUGUCACUUUUUUUGCAAGCUGAGCAUACAGCAUAUGGCCAAGGACCAUAGAAAAUGCUGUUUACCAACAUAUGCAAUGGCACAGAAAGACAAAUAGUAAUCGAAGAGAUUUGUGGGAGAUGGAUUAAAAUAUGUAUAUUAAAGGCAAUGAAUUAAAACAGUGAUACCAGACAAUUUUAGCUAAUUUGUGUAUGAUUUACCUUUCUCUUUGAUAUGGAUUGAAAGUUAAAGACAUGAUGAAUGAUCAAUUUGCAUACCCCAAGAGUUCAAAUAAAGAUUACAUUUAAUACCUUUAAACAAAUAAAAAAAAAACAAUACACCACCAGAAUGUUAUUAUUUGCAUAAUGAUGCCUAAAAAAAUUAUUAAAAAGAAAAAAAAAAUAAAAGGAACUUGGGCAUUUUUCCUUAAAUGCAGUACAUGAAAUGAAGACAUUGCAUGACUGCUCUUUUUAACGUAACAUCCAUUUUGAUUCUUCAUCACACUGUACAUCUGCCCGCUUUCCCCAGCUAUCUCAUGUUCUCUAGCAUUUGUAUUGUGCUCCUGAGGAUGCUUUAUUGGUGAACUACAUUAAAUUCAUCUAGAAAGAACUUUAAAAAAAAGCCUUUUCAUAUGCCCUUAGGAUUACUUGGCUAGACUUGAAUCAAUUUAUGCAUUUGAUGGUUAGUUUCAGUUGUCAUGGAUAAACAAAAGGGUAACUGUCUAGAAUAUAUCAAAUAUUGUUUCAUUUUGAAAUGUAUGUUUCCAGCUAUACACAUCUCCUACCCUGUUUUGUAAAAGUAUUCUGCUGAUAAAAUGUAGACUUAUGUUUGACAGCUUUUUAAUCAAGUUCAAAGAGAAUAAAUAAAACUAAUCCAGUGUGGUAAA